AUGCCCCUAAACUACUCAAAGUGGGAUAACCUCGAGGCAAGUGUUGCCAAGUCCAGCGCCUUCCGUUCUUCUGACCUUUCAGACGACUCGGACAUCGAGGGGCAUCCCAACGUCGACAAGCGCUCGCUGAUUCGAUGGAAACAACGCGACAUCCACGAAAAGCGCGAAGCCCGCAAGCAGCGCAUCGCGCACAUCAAGGCCGAGAUCGCCUGCAAUGAAGUCCUCCACCCGCGCCUGAUAUCCAUCCGGGACCAAGUCUCCUCAGAUGGGCCCGGCUACUUUUCGUCCCUCGUCGACAAGCUCCGGAACGACCCCUCGCCAGACGCCCCGCCGACCAACGCGCCCAACCAGCCGACGUACGACGCGAUGAUCCUCAGCCUGCUCCUGCAAGUGUACGAGGAGGCGAAGAAGAAGGGGCUUUCGAAGGACGACCCGAAGCUCGGCGAGACGCUCGUCGCGGAGCUGGACGCCCACGUGAAGCGGCUAGGAGAGCACAACGAUAAGCUGCGGAAGGAGCUGCACGAUCUGGAGGAAGAGCAGAAGAAGAAGAUCACGAGCGAGGAUAUCAAAGAGGGCUGGGAGAACCACUAUGUACCACCCAAACCCGCUCCCCCACCCGUCCCCGGCGCAAUCCCCGACAAACCCAAGAAGAAAACCACCACGACCGAAAUCGAAGUCCUCAACCCCAACGCAGCCUCCUCCUCCGCGGGCUCCUCCUCCACCCCUUCCACCACCGCCGCCGCAGAGGACGACGAGGACAUCGAGCUCCCCGAAAUGACGCCCUCGCUCGAGGAGUUCUCCAGGCUCCCGAUCCGCGGGUACGAAGAGUCCUUCCACUUCAUCCAGGCGCACCGCGACGUCGUCGUCCCGGGCGCGUCGGACGCGCUGCUCGUCGCAGCCUUCAACGCCGAGUCGGCCGGGCAGCACGCGUACGCGAAGCAGUGCGUGCACCAGAGCCUGCUCCUGCAGUACUGCGACAAGCUCGGCAAGGACGGCGUGCGCCUCUUCUUCCAAAAGAUGAUCGCGGGCGACAAGCGCGCGGAGACGGUGUUCGCCAAGGACGUCGAGGACACGUACAGGCACCUCGUCGAGCGCGUGCGCGUCACGAAGGAGCAGCAGGCCGCGGAGGCGCAGGAGCAGAUCCAGCUCGUGCCCGAGAACCCCGAGCAGACGAUCACGUUCAACGUGCCCGAUGGGCCGCCGCCGGAGGACCUGCGCCUCGAGGGCCCCGGCACGGAGGAGCUCGACGUCGAGGAGGUGCGCAAGGCGCUGCAGAUGCGCUGGGACGUGUUCGACGGCUUCGAGGAGCCGAUGAAGGAGGCGCUGCGCAAGAACUCGCUCGAGGAGGUGAACAAGGUGCUUGGGAGCAUGCCUGUGGCUGAGGCGGAGCAGGUCGUGCAGCUGUUGGAUAUGGCGGGCAUUUUGAACUUUGCGGAGGGUGGGAUCCGCGAUGAGACGCAUAAGGAUGAGGAGAAGUAA